CAGGAACCGGAUGGAGUACUCCGGCAAGCGGGUAUGUCGCACCAAGCUACCCACCAUAUGGGCUCGAUGGGACCAACAACGUAGCAACACCUGCUGGAAAUGAACCGAUUAUGGGGCAAAACGUAAAAGCUACGGGUUCAACGCUUUCGAAACUGAAAUGGGGGCGCAAUCGAUAUGCAAAUUUACACACCUACAUAGAUAAUACACCGCUCAAACAGAGGCCGAUGUCAGACAAGCCAGUCCUGUGUUUCAUGCUGGACAAAGUGACACGGUCGACUGUGUUCCCUGAAGAUGGCCUUUGCCACUUUCUAUUUCUUGAAGUUCGUAUAGACGCCAGCAAGAUCGCCUACACCAACGGAGAUGAGCUGCUCCAACGAUUUUACGCAAACGCCGAGAAUUCUUCAUCGACGGGCUACGGACUAUCCAUCAAAGCAGACGCGGUUCCUGCAGCCUAUGGAAGCAUUAACGGCAUCUCUGGUAGUCUUCAGGAACUGUGGAGCAGGAAUAUUCGUCACUUUGGCGUUUCGGACCAGAAGCUCGUACAUGAUGACACACCUUCUGCCUACUACGAAGUUUCUUUGCUUCUUGGGAACGUUCGAUCUCUACAGGGACAGUUCAAAAACUACAAUGCUGAGCCUCCCAGCUAUAUCAUCUUGAGUGUGAUCCCUCCCGAUAGACUCGGUCGCACCGAUGAAGACCUGUUCUUCGUGGAAGCUGUCGGAAACUUGAUUCGGCACUUCUCUCCCGAUGCCCUCGUGUUAACCACGGUAGCCUUUAAUGCCUUGAAAGAACCGUGUCGCGUCACAGGACCGACACCGUGGAACGACGAUACUGAUCCAGAUAAGGGAUACCUGAUGGUGAGGGUGCUGGAGGCAUGGCGGAAGGCGAGCAUUUCCCAAAGCGUACGUCUACUCAUAUCCUUUACUGCGAGUGGAUUCGCCUAUACCGCCACCGCAACUCAUCCCUUCGUCUCUACUGAUGGCGAAGGUGCUUCCUGUGAACAAGCAGCUGUAGCGCCACGGAAUGACUUCUGCAGGAUAAACUCCACCAUAAAAGACAACGGCACCGUGCUACAGUACGGCAUCAAGGAUGGCGUCCUAUAUGCAUUCGAUACCGCGGACACGAUGGAAGAAAAGAUGUGCCGCGCUGCUGUGGAUUACAAUUUCCAAGGGGGCUACUGCAUGUUCAGCAUAGAAAAUGCAGAUUCUACAAAUGCCUGCGACGACGACAAAUACAAGGGAGACUUGAUAAUCGUUCACCACCUGAAAGACCUUGCUGCAAAGACGUUCACUUCGUGUUGAAACGCUGCAAAACGAUACAAUUAUUUUCUCAAGCUUCGAGACCAUCGUUUCUGGCACAACUACGCCUAGCAGAUAGGAUCAAUAUGAUCACCUCGCUCUGGAAUAUUGUUUUCGUCCUGCUUGCGAUAUGUGCAAUACGUACGUGAGCUUUAUAUUGUAGUUUAUGAUGAUAUGUGAUAUUAAAAAUGAUCUCAAAUCCA